AUGAGUCAAUAAACAGCAAAAAACUUAAGAGAUUUGCUUAUAAAAUAAUAACUUAAUAGCAAGAUUAAAUUUAAAGGAGAACCUGCCAAUAAAAUUUAACCUACUAGAAAAUAAUCAGGUAAUUGGGAUAAAAAAGUGGAUAUCUCCUAAUGCUAUUGCAAUUAAAAGAAUUGUAAUAUAUGCAUAAAGAAAAGGGUUGUAAUUAAUGCCUCACCUUUGCUUAAAGUCAAAGUUAGCACCAAAAACUAACCAUGUGAGAGUGAUAGUAGAAGAGAGAUCAAAGUGGGCAACUCAGUUUCAGCACAUCAAUCACCUAAUCGUGAAAAGCAGUAUCAGAUGCAAUAAAUGUUUUUACAAAAAUAACUUUAAAGCCAAUUACAUUAGAUAUAGGAAUCACGUCCAUAAUCAAGACAAAUGCCAAAAGAGUAGGCCAAGAAGCCUCAAUUUUAUCAUAACAUGGACAAUUUUUUGAAUAGUUACUAUUAAAAAAGCAAUCUAAGCAAUUCAUAGUUAUAUGAAAACAGUUACAAUGUUAAAUCAAAAGUAAUCCCAAAACGAGUAGAAUCCAAAAGUCAUGUAUUGAGUAACACACAAACUUCAUUUAAAUUGAAAUUGAAUUAAUAAGGACCUAAAUUUUCAGCUAUCAUCAAUUCUGGAUUAGUUGAGUCAGCACCAAAUUCUCCAAACAAUCAUGAAAAUUCAAAUAAAAGCAAAUUAACCCCCAAUGAUUCUAUCUCGAAAAGCAAAAUUAAUUAAAAUGACUCGAAAUCAAGUGAGUUAAGAAGAAAGUCCACUGGGGAGAUCUCAGACAAAACUCAAAUCCUCAGUUUAAAGAUAGAUGAAUAGGUGAAUCGAACUCAUUUUAAGUUUCUCUAUGUAAUUGGCAAGGGUGGAUUUGGGAGAGUUUGGAGAGUAGAAAUGAAGAAGAACAAGAAGUUGUUUGCCUUAAAAGAAAUGUCAAAGGCUAAAGUAAUAUAGAAGAGAAGUGUAAAUUCAGUGUUAAAUGAGAAAUAUCUAUUAGAGCAUUUGCAUCAUCCUUUUUUGGUGAACAUGUGGUAUGCAUUUUAAGAUAGGGAAAAUCUGUUCUUGAUUAUAGAUUUAUUGACAGGUGGUGAUCUGAGAUUUCAUCUAGGAAAGAUGAGAAGGUUUAGUGAAGCUUAAACCAAAUUUUUUGUUGCUUGUAUCUUGUUGGCUUUAACUUAUUUGCAUUAAAACGGGAUUAUACACAGAGAUUUUAAAACCAGAAAACUUGGUCUUAGACUAGGAUGGAUAUAUGAGAUUAACUGA